AUGGCAUUGUUGGUGGACAAACUGCGACCUCGCUCGCUCGAGGCUCUUACCUACCACCAAGAUCUGUCAGCCCGCCUUUCCUCACUGGCUGCAUCUCCCGACUUCCCACACCUCCUCUUCUACGGUCCCUCUGGAGCUGGCAAGAAAACGCGCAUCCUCGCAACACUCCGCGCCCUCUACGGCCCCGGUGUCGAAAAGAUCAAAAUCGAUGCCCGCGUCUUCCAAACCUCCUCUUCUCGCAAGCUCGAGUUCAACAUCGUCUCAUCGGUGUACCAUCUAGAGAUCACCCCUUCAGACGUCGGCAACUACGACCGAGUCGUCAUCCAAGAACUCCUCAAAGAAGUCGCACAGACCCAGCAAGUCGACCUCAACGCCCGUCAGCGCUUCAAAGUCGUUGUUAUCAACGAAGCAGAUUCCCUGACCCGCGAUGCCCAAGCCGCGCUCCGUCGCACCAUGGAGAAGUACAGCAACAACGUGCGCCUCAUCCUCGUCGCCAACUCGACCGCCGGCAUCAUCGCGCCCAUCCGCUCGCGAACGCUCCUCAUCCGCGUUGCCGCGCCCACCGAAACACAAAUCACCGACGCGCUGGCCAAAGCGGCAAAGAAGGAGAACUGGAAAGCCCUCCCGGAACUCAACGCCCGCAUCGCCAAGGAGUCCGGCCGCAACCUCCGCAAAGCCCUGCUGAUGCUCGAAGCCAUCUACGCCUCCACGCCCGAACCCAGCCCCAGCACCGCGAUCCCCCCCGCGGACUGGGAAGUGCUGGUGGCGGAGAUCGCCAACGACAUGAUCCGCGAACGCUCCCCACAACAGAUCCUCCACGUGCGCGCCAAGCUGUACGACCUGCUGACCCACUGCAUCCCGGCGACGAUGGUGCUGAAGACGCUGACGUGGCAGCUGGUGCGGCACAAGCAGGUCGAUGACGAGCUCAAGCCGCAGAUUGUGCGCUGGGCCAGCUUCUACGAGCACCGCAUCAAGGGCGGGAGCAAGGUCAUCUUCCACUUGGAGGCCUUCGUCGCCAAGUUUAUGCGCAUCUUCGAAAGCUAUCUGAUGGGGAUGGAGAUGUAG